AUGUCAGAAGAAGGAGAGCAUGAAAGUUUCUUGUGGGAUAACCAAACUUGGGAUUUAUCAAAUUCUGAUAAUUUGGGUGGAAGUGAAGAGAAAAUAGGGAAGAACAUUAAGUUGCCGGGUUCGAGCUCAAAUAGCCAAGCAGAAAUAGGGAUCAAAGAACAAGAAAACAAGGCCGAGAAGAGAGGUCAAAUGCACAAAAGUAAUGGUAAGGGAAGCGUAGGCGAGGUUAAAGAAGGAAAAGGAGGAGGUGAAUCAGAUCAUGAGACACAUAUAUGGACUGAGAGAGAAAGGAGAAAGAAGAUGAGGACCAUGUUCUCUAAUCUUCAUGCUUUGCUUCCUCAACUUCCUCCCAAGGCUGACAAGUCCACCAUUGUUGAUGAAGCAAUGAACUAUAUCAAAACCCUACAGCACACUCUCCAAAAGUUACAAAAAGAGAAGCUAGAAAGGCUCCAAGGUGCCACGACUUUCGGUUAUGAGCCAUCUUUGAUUGCCCCACAAAUGCAAGCAGACUCCAGAGAGGCGUUCUUAGCUGAUCAAGUAUCUUCUAGUAACUUGGCAAUUAGCACAACAAAAUCUUUACCCUCAGUCUCAAGAUAUCCUGUACUCUUUCAAACUUGGACUUCUUCAAAUGUGGUGUUGAAUAUUUGUGGAGAUGAAGCCCAAAUUAGUAUAUGCUCUCCAAAGAAUCCGGGACUCUUCACCACUAUCUGCUAUGUGUUGGAGAAGCAUAAUGUCGAGGUGCUGUCUGCUCAUGUUUCCUCUGAUUGCAGUCGGAGCAUGUACAUGAUUCAAGCUCAUGCAAGUGGAGCUUCUGAUCAGUUCGGAGAGACAUUUCCAGUGGAGGAAGUAUUCAAACAAGCUGCAUGUGAGAUAAUGUGCUGGGUCUCUUCCUGAUUACAUAUAUAGAAAAUCAACACCAAGAUUUGUUAUUGCAAUCUUAAGAAGGAAAGAUCACUCGCUCUUCAUUAAUUAGCAAAUAGUGGAACUGUAAGCCUUCACCCUUACUGUACCUUGAGGUUGCAUAUAGAUCAGCCGUGGCUGCUGGUCUGGAUGGGAUGGGAUUUUUUAAGUUAAUUUUAUGCAUUCUUAACCAUAUUGUACCCUUUAAAUAAUCAUUACUUUUUCAGUUUCAGGAAUACAAUUUGUCGAAGCAUACAAUUUUGCAAUCACAAAUUCAAAAUUAUCU